AUGUCCAAAUCCCUCAACGUCUUCAAACAACCCCUAACCUUGCACUCCACCACCCCCCUCACGGGCUACCUCCGCACAGGCUACUGCGAAGUCCCCGCCAGCGACUUCGGCAACCACGCCAUCGCGGCCGAAGUCACCGAAGAAUUCCUCGACUUCACCGCGAAGCAGGGCAACGACCUGCGGCCGAUCCCGGGCAUGAAGGGCGGCUGUAAAUGGUGUCUCUGCGCGAGUCGGUGGUUGGAGGCGUUUGAGGCGCGGGAGAGGGAUCCCAGCGGGGAGAAGAUUGUGCCCAAGGUGUGGUUGAGUGCGACGAAUGAGAAGGCGCUUGGGAAGGUGAGACUGGAGGAUUUGAGGGCUUUUGCGGUGGAUGGGAAGGAGUGA